AUGAAGAUCAGCGUCUUCGUCCUCGUCUUACUCAAACAAGUCUCCGUUCCUGAGAAAAAGCUCUUCCCUCAAGUACGCCGCCGUCGGGCGGAAAUGCACCAACUUGGUGAAAGAACAGAAGGCCAGAUUCUACAUCAUGCGCCGCUACAUCGCUAUGCUCGUCUGUUGGCACAAGCACGCCGCCGAUCCCUGACCCACAUCAUCAUCCAACCCAACUCUCUCUCUCUCUCCUCGUCCUCUGGCCAGGGCAAGCUCAUGAAUCGCCAAUUGAUGCAUCAAUUAAUCUCGUUACCGGAUUAA